CCAGCAGCGUCUUUAAUAACCUCAGAUCUUGCUCAUUGAGCACAAAACAGCGCAUGCAUUGAAAAAAAUUGGAUUCAAAAGCGCUUUCUCCCCCCCUUGCAAUGCCUGACUUGUUCACUCCACGGUCUUGGUCUCGUUCUCAUAGUCUUUCCUUUGAGCUUCAUUUAGCAUGUCAUUGGACGCAGUCUCUGUUUUCCCCAUCACUGUCUGAGCGCGAACGCCAAAAUUCGCAGUUCUUUUGUUGGAGAGAUGAGCAGCAGCAGUGCGCACUUUGGCUUGUCGAUUGGCUCCGGCGUGGGCAGCAGCCUUCUGGCAGGCUCCAGCGUUGGUUCCACGGGCGGUGGCAGUAGCAGCGGGCAAGCGGCAACGGCCUUCGCUGGGCUCGGCGCACAAGUCAGCAGUUUCCAGACGAACGCCUCUGGCCGGUUACCAUCGCUCCAGCCGCAGCCGCAGCAGCAGCAUGGUUAUCACCAUCCUCAUCACUACGCCGGGGCUGCAACGCGCCGCCACAAGUUCAUCCGCAGGCUGCUCAACUUUCGUCAGAUGGACUUUCAGUUUGCCCUCUCGCAGGUCGCCGACCUCUGUUUCCGGCCAAAAGAAGCGUACAGAAAUAUUUACUAUCACAGACAAACGAAAAACCAAUGGGCUCGUGACGAUCCCGCCUUCAUGGUUGUGCUGAUCACUGUGAUUCUGAUCUCAGCCAUUUGCUUUUCACUGCGAUUCUCGCUGGGCGUCGGCGGCUUUUUCAAAUUCUUCCUCUGGAGCGUGUUUGUUGAUUUUCUCGGCACUGGGCUGGUCAUCGCAACCUGCUGCUGGGCAUUUACCAAUCGGUUUAUGCGAACCCAUACCCUCCAUGGCGUGGAGCAAAGCGUCGAGUGGGCAUACGCGUUCGACGUGCAUUGCAACGCCUUCCUCCCGCUGCUUCUCAUCCUGCACGUAUUGCAACUAGUGCUGCUCACUCCGUUCAUCAUGAACACGCCGGACUUUUUCUCGGCACUUGUUUGCAACACCCUUUGGCUCGUGGCUCUCACGUACUACACGUACAUUACGUAUUUGGGCUAUGCAGCCCUUCCAUUCCUCGAGCGAACCGUCUACUUCUUGUACCCAGUCGCGCUUUCGUUCAUUUCGUACAUCAUUUCUCUCCUCAUCGGCUGGAAUAUCACCCGGUCGGUCUUCCGCUUUUACGAGCUCGAAUUCUAACAAGGCAUCCAGUAUAAUUAUUCCCACCUCCCUUUGUUUUGACUUGGACUGCCGAUGCACGGGCAAGUGAGCCUUGUAAAAUAAAAAAAAGCCAACAACAACAACAACAACG